AAAAGCAGGUAUUCAUUUUAUUAAAUAAUAUGACUAGGGAGCCAGGAAUCAGCUGUUCAGUGGUAAUUAGAAUGACAAGAAUAAUACGUGCAGGGAAUCAGAAUGCCACCUAGUCCAAUCUCCUGUCUUAGUCCAAUCUUCCACUCAUUAACCACCAUCUCUUUACAUAUUAACUACAUCAUCUAGAUUAUAGUAUAGCAAAGCAUGGGUUGAGCAAAGUACACAAUUAUUACAAAGCACUGGAACCGCAGCAUCAUUACUAAGCUGCCCUGCUGCUCCUCUGGAGUGGGGAACAGGUUCAGCAAAAUUUAACCUAGCUUAUUAGUCAACAAUUAUUUGUGGUUACCACCUAUCCCUUGCCUUUGGACAGUGGGAGGACUCAGGCAGAGAGAAAUGAUGUCUCCUCUUCGGCCGAGGGAAUGCAAACUGACCAGAAAAGAGGCAGAGAGCUAUGGAUUCUGUCUGCGCCUUGAGAAAUAUAAAACAGGGCACCUGAUCCGGAACGUGGCAAAGGGGAGUCCAGCUGAGAAGGCUGGCCUGAAAGAUGGAGACAGAGUCCUGAGGGUCAAUGGGAUUUUUGUAGACAAAGAAGAGCAUGCAACGGUGGCUGAUUUAGUUAGGAAAAGUGUGGACUCUGUAGCAUUCCUUGUUUUGGAUGAAAAAUCUUAUGAAGAUGCACAUAAGGAGGGGGUCAAUUUUGAAGAGUUGGGUCAAACAUUACCAGGCCAGCAGCAAGCAGAACACCCUUCAGUUGUGACAAAUGGAGGACCUGGCCCAGUUACACAACCCCGCCUCUGCUAUCUGGUGAAAGAAAAAAACAGCUAUGGCUUCUCUCUGAAGACAACGGAAGGUCAGAAGGGAUUGUUCAUUAUAGAUUUGUCCCCACAAGGACCAGCUGCAUUAGCCGGAGUGCAGCCCAAUGACCGCCUGAUCGAAAUCAAUGGAGAGAAUGUGGAAAACGACACUCAUGAGGAAGUAGUUGAGAAGGUGAGGAGGUCUGGAAAUCGACUUGUUUUUCUGGUGUCAAAUAAAGAAACCGAUCAGUAUUACAAGAGGCAGAACAUGCAGCUGAGGAGAGAAAUGGCAAGUUUGAAAUUAUUACCCCACAAACCCCGAAGGCUGGAGCUUGCAAAAGGAAAAAAUGGUUAUGGAUUCUACCUGAGAAUGGAACAGAAUGGUAAAGGUCACUUAAUUAAGGACAUUGAUUCUGGCAGCCCUGCGGCCGAAGUUGGUCUCAAGGACAACGACAUCCUGGUGGCUGUCAAUGGAGAGUCGGUUGAAGCACUGGACCACGAGGCUGUCGUGGAGAAGAUCAGGAAGUCUGGUGAAAAAACUGUGCUGCAGGUGGUGGAUGACGAAACCGACGCCAUGUACAAAAUGGCUAAGAUAUCCCCAUGCCUCUACUAUCACACAACACCGGUGCAAUCUCCAUGUGAGGCUGAAGUGCCAACAUGUCAUACGACGAAAGAGAAUCGCAAGCCCAGACUCUGCUAUCUGGUCAAGGGUCCCAGUGGCUUUGGCUUCCGUUUGAACGCCAUCAAAGGUUUGCCUGGCAAGUUCAUCAAAGAGGUAAAGGAGGGUGGCCCGGCAGAAAGAGCAGGGCUGCAAAUCGAUGACAUCUUAAUAGAAGUCAAUGGUGCAAACGUGGAGAACGAAGAUUAUGACGAUGUCGUGGCAAGAAUCCAUGAUGGUGGAAACAAGCUGAAACUAGUAGUAUGUGGAGAAGAAGCUUAUCAGUACUUCAAGGCCCAGAAUAUGCCCAUCACUGCCCCCAUGGCAGAUCCACCAGACAGCAGUAAUGACCCUCCUGCUUACACAGAGAUACAAACCCCAGAGCGAGACGGACCAUUGCCAGAACCACGAGAGAGGGCUAACUCAUCAUCCUCUUCACUCUCAGUUGCUUCUGAAGAUGAUGAUACCAAAUUGUAAUGCCAGGGGUCAAGUACCUUCCCAUGGUAGUGCCCAAAAGGGAAUAGUAGUCUGAAGCAGUUACAAAUAUUACUGCUCAGAAAAUGUUGGCUACUCUCCUGUGCAUGCUUACUUGUAACAAAGGCCCAUUGAACAAACAAACAUGUACGUAUAGGAUUGGGCUGCUAGAUAACAUUGCUUUCAGGUGAGGAAGGGAUUCUACUGGAUUCCUACCUCAUUAUUGUUAAGCUGCAGGCUUUUUCCAUGUGGACCAGGACUGCAUGCAUUAAAAAUGUUACUGUGUUGAUUGCAGCCAAAGCUUCCUAAUGGAAAAUGGUGAGUGAAUAUCUACCAUGCAUAUGUACACUUACUAUAUCCCAAUUAAAUCAAUAAUCAUUCUUAUUAACAUUUAUUGCUCGUAUAAUUUGAACCAUUAACCAAAGCAAAUAUUAACGUGUAGUCAUUUUAGUACAAACUAACUUUAGGCUUUGUUGCCCAACAUUUGAACACUUUGAAAACACUGCAGUGUAUCAGUUAUGCACUGGGAUAUCUACCAGUACAUUGGUUGCUUUCACAGUGUUAAUUCCAUUUUAAGUUUUAAAAUAAAUUGUUUCACGGUAGUCUGAUCUGUGUCUGCAGCGUAUCUGAUCAGAAUGUGAAAGAUUCCGUUCCUGGAACCUACCAUUUGACCAGAACCCUCACCCAACUUUUGCCUCUUUCUGAUAGCAGAUGAGGUCAAACAAGGUGCCUUAACAAAAAGGUGAACCAGCUUUAGUCUACAAAAUGUAUACACAUGAAGAUACAUGGCUAAGGUUUUUAUUUCAUUUUUUAUACUUGCUAUCCUUUUUUUAUUUCCUACAUAUAGUAGAUCCCUUGACCUCCUCUAGCAACCCUCACCCAAAUCUUCUACAAUUCCAAACCUUCAUCCAUGCAUUCUGCCCCCUUGCUGCAUCAGGUGGUCUUUCACCUUUCUCUUCAGCCCACGGCCCUCUCUAUUAUGUGCUGUACGGAGGAGGCAAAAGAAGAAGCUGCUGCUCAGUUUCCAAUCACAGUCUGAUUGGUGGAGGGUUCCCUGUUCUCUUCCAUAAACAGAAGCUGCUGUCCCAAUAGUCAAAUCAAUCAGUACUAAGUCUGGCAACUGUUUCCCCAUCAGAAGGCAUGGCAGAGAAAAAGUUCAUAGAUCAUUCUUGCUGGGGGUGGGGGGGGGGAACAGGGUGGAGCUGCAGGCUUUUAGCUGCAUUGCUUCUUUUCAGGCGUUUCCUCUGCCCCUUCUUCAGUCUGUUCAUGCAUAUUAGAAGAGAGCUUUUGAAUCUACUUAACUACAACAUGACCAUUUUUAAUCCAUGUCUCACUGAGCUGCCUUACCUUUGCCCUGAGUAUCCACUUCCUAGCCAUAUGGAGGGUUUCUCUGAUACACCUAAUUCUGGAAUCAAGAGGUAGGUUUCAUCAGCAGUAUGUUAGGUUACAGUGGGAUCCACAAGGAAAACAAACAUCAUAUAUGUAAUAUACAUAGGAAUAUUUUCUAUCAAAUUUCUGCAUGUUAUCAUUUCUCCUUACAAUAUGGAAUGGAAAUGGAUAAGGAUUGAGCUAAGAUUCAAUGAAACAGCAAAGGGGUUGAGAUAUACCUUCUUUGACAAGGGCUACACAGCCCACCAAUGAUACAGUGACAUGCCAGUGCUAGACAAGGUAGGAACAAAACCCUGGUGAGCAACAUUCAGUUUGAUUGGUCACAAGCUGCCCAGAGCUGCUUUUGAAAUAUCCAGACCCUUGUUAAUUCACCACUCUUCAUUCCAUCUUCGGAGAAGUAACUCAUUUCCAAAGUCUGUAGGGUUAUCACAAAAUUAUUAUGAAUUGUUAUAAAAGCUGGUUUAUUUAGAUGUUCAGUUCCAGUAUCACUACUUCCAGAUUAAGACAUUUAAGCAGACAUCUUGCCAAUCACACUUACUAAACAUCACAGAAUUGUUUCUUCCCAUUCUGCUUUUGAGAGAGCUGCCCUUUCACUCCUUGUGAUUUAUUUCCAAUCAAGAACAUGCUUAUAGCACAAGGGUUGUUUCUUGGGGCUAUUUCUUGCCUCUCCUUUUGCCGACACUGAUAUAUUUGGUUCUUGUCAAAGAACUGAUAAUCCAUCGCAAAAAAAGAUGGCAAUAUGCCAAAUACUUUGCUUUCGUCCAUCACACAAUGAAGAACCAAGGUGGAUUCAGAGUGCCAUGUGCUUUUCAGGAGCCUGCUUAUGCGCCAGGUAGAGGAAGAGGAUGCUGGAGAGAGCACUGACCAGAAAUAUAACAUCAAACCAGCGGUGGUAGAAGUUGAACUGUAAUUCUCCUAGAACUUCCGUAAUGAUGGUGCGAUACUCUGGAGGCAUACUCAUUCGAAUCAGAAGCACUGAAGACACAAAAUACAUCCCCUACAGAAGAGAGAAAGGGAACAUCAGGCAUCCCCAUUUCCAGCUGCUUACAUAGCUAAGAGUGAGCAAGAAGUAGCUUUUCACCAUUUGGGGCUAUAACCACUCACCAUUAUUUGUGCCAAUAACAGAACAAUAACAUUAGAAGACUUGCUGCUUGAGAUAGCAUAGAAAAACUGGAAGACAAAACAGAGAAAACCAUCUACAUAUAGAUAUAUAAUCCAAUUAAGUACAACAUUCUAAUUAAAUUUCAAGGGACAGUGGAAAUGGCUAUUCUGCUGCAUAAUGUCAUGGCUUUCUAACCAUCAAAAUGGUCCGUACAACUGCUUAGCUAUCCAAGAGAAGCAGUUCCAAUUCCAACAGUUACUUAUAUACCCAUGUUAAAGACACACUGGGAGCAUUCUCUUGCCCUCACCAGCAAAGAAUGUGGCUCAGGGUGGGAAAGUUGCUCAGCAUGACAACACAAGUCAUGAGGUUGGUGGAACUACAUGCUGCUAAGGGGAAGGAGGGGGUCCAACCUUGUGGUGCUGCUUUUAGUGUUUGCGUGUGUUUUGAGUGUUGUGUGCUUCUGCCCCAAAGUUCUUAAGAGAUAAGUUCUGAUGAACUCACACUUUUCUGCUUAUACUCGUGUAUAAUAAGAAUAUGUACAGGCCUACCUUUGUGAGUGUAAUCAAUAAACCCCUGAUAGAGGUGACAAUAAUUAUUCCAACAAGGAUAAAGGAAAUAUGCUGAGACCAGAAUUUUACCUGCAAUAACACAAAAAGGAAACAGUUAAACUCACAGAGAUGUUCAUAUCUACAGUAUGGAUUUAGUAGGCUGCUUAUUUUCAGAUACUGUUUAUGCAUUCAGUGUCCUCCAGAGAAAUUCAAGCAAGAAUAUUUUCAUACAAACCUAUAGCAGAUAAACCGAGAGUUCUUACCAGGUUGGUGUACACAACACUGGAUUUAGAUUUCUUUUUAGCAUGACUAAAGGUUUAUAGGUGUUUAAUCUAGGCCAAUGCAUUCUCUAGUAUCUAAGAUAGGAGUACUGCCAUCUUCUGGGCAAACAGAAGACUGGAACUUAAAUUUUAAAGAUGCAUAGUUCUAUUGAAAACCCAGUGAUACAUAUGAAUUUUCUUAAGUUUUAGAAUCACUCACUUUAGUACCUACAGAGAUUUUUAGAAGUAGUUAUCACAUUGAAUUAAUAUCCAGCUCAGAACAGAGUAGAAUAAAAUAAGAAUAAAAGAACACUGAAGAAAGAAGGUGGAUUUUAACUGUCCUCACAUCAAACUGGAUCCCCAAAUAGUUCACAGUUAUCUCAAUUCCUCGUGUGACAGGGUCCGUCUUUCCAACUCUGUCAAAUACAAUAUUGAUUGUUGCC